AUGCCCUCCCUCCCUCCCUCCCUCCCUCCCUCCCUCCCUCCCUCCCUCCCUCCCUCCCUCCUCCCUCCCUCCCCUCCUCCUCCUCCUCCCUCCUGUCCUCCUCCCUACCCUCUCCCCUCCCCUCCUCCUCUUCCUCCUCCUCCCUACCCUCUCCCCUCCUCCUCUUCCUCCUCCUCCCUACCCUCUCCCCUCCUCCUCUUCCUCCUCCUCCCUACCCUCUCUCCCCUCCUCUCUUCCCUCCUCCUCCUCCACCAUGUACAUGCAGCUCCUGUGUCUGAACCCUGUUUUACCUCCACACUAAUUACAUCUCCAUUCUGUCCCCUUCUCUCUCCUCAUCCUCCUCCAUCCUCCACCCUCCACACUCCUUCUCUUCUUCUCUCUUCUACUCAAUAGUGUUUCCUUCCCCAGAGCCCUCUGAUGUUUAAGGACCAGAUGCAGCAGGAUGUGAUCAUGGUGUUGAAGUUCCCUUCCAACUCCCCAGUGACCCACGUAGCAGCCAACACCCUGCCACACCUCUCUGUACCUGCCGCUGUCACCGUCACCUGCAGCAGACUGUUCGCUGUCAACCGCUGGCACAACACUGUCGGUGAGUGGACUACACACAGAGGCCAGCAAACACAGGGCAGAACACACAUAUGCACACACACACACACUCACAGGCCAGAACACACAUGCUCUUGUAAAACGAAUUGCGUGUUCCACCACGUGCUACCUACCACAGCAGGGGCCCUGUAAAACCCCUCCAUACCAACCUGUUCAGGUCUGUAGCAGCCUGGGUCUGUAGCAGACUGGGUCUGGAGCAGCCUGGGUCUGGAGCAGCCUGGGUCUGGAGCAGCCUAGGUCUGUAGCAGACUCGGUCUGGAGCAGCCUGGGUCUGGAGCAGCCUGGGUCUGGAGCAGCCUGGGUCUGGAGCAGCCUGGGUCUGUAGCAGACUCGGUCUGGAGCAGCCUGGGUCUGGAGCAGCCUGGGUCUGGAGCAGCCUGGGUCUGGAGCAGCCUGGGUCCGGAGCAGCCUGGGUCCGGAGCAGCCUGGGUCUGGAGCAGCCUGGGUCUGGACAAACUAGAGUUUGUCAGCGCCAUCUCCACAGUCAUUCAUGGUUGCAUCCCUAAUUGCACCCGAAUCCCUGUAUAGUCCACUUCAUUUGACCAGUGCCUUACCACUGCAUCAUAUCUACCCACACAGCUACACCCCUUGGUCAGGUGAAGAGAGUCUGAGUGCUUCCACAUGUUGGUCCUCAGGCAUGUGUGAACAACACUACCCACCAACACUCCAAGGAACACACACACACACACACACGCACGCAGGCGCACAAACACAUACACACAUAUAUGCACACACAAACGCAAACACACACACACCUACACACUUCUCAGAAACCAAACUCAACUCAGGGUCAAGCGUCACUGCAAAGCUUACUGGGAAAUUAGGCUGUGACUGCACCACAUUCUCCUCACACUUCCACAUCUAUCACCGGAGCACACACUCAUCACACACACACACGCACACACACCGAGUUGAGGACCAGAGUGGAGCCUUACAUUCUGUCGUUAAUGACCACAGCUGCAGCUCCAAUGUUUUUCUGUUGGAGAGAAGAAAAGUGUUCUGGGUUCCAACAAUAAUGAGCAGAAUACUAAGGGCUUCAUAUUCCCAGCAUGCUGUUGUGUUUCUGCCCUCCAGUCACCCUCCAGGGGAUCAUAGCUCUACUCAGCCUGACAGUCAGAAACUGAAAUCAAUAAGCUUCAUGGAAACCUUCAUGAACCAACCUCUGACCAUGGAGCAGGUGUGUGUGUGUGUGUGUGUGUGUGUGUGUAUGUGUGUGUGUGUGCACGCAUGUGUGCGUGCGUGAUAUACAUGUUUAAUGUAUGUGUGUGUGUGUUUCUAGGUUUGAGAGGAGCGCCAGGUUACUCCCUGGAACAGGCCCACCACCUGCCCAUAGAGAUGGACCCUCUGAUUGGUGAGUGUUACCCUGAGGACAGGCCAGACCAUUGUACUGAAUACUAACUAAGUUAUCCCUCUGUGUGUGUGUGUAGCCAACAACUCUGGGAGUAACAAGCGUCAGAUCACAGACCUGGUGGAUCAGAGCAUCCAGAUCAACACACACUGCUUCGUGGUUACCGCCGACAACCGCUACAUCCUGGUCUGUGGCUUCUGGGACAAGAGCUUCAGAGUCUACUCCACCGAGACAGGUAAUACUAACUACCAUGGUACUACUACUAUAGUACCACCAUAAUACUACUACUAUACUACUGUAAUACUAUACUACUGUAAUACUAUACUACUAGUAUAUUAUGCUGUACUACUUCCACACAGUAGGCCUACACACAUUGGUUUAUAUCAUAAUACUGUGUCUGUGCUGCAGGUAAGCUAACCCAGAUAGUGUUCGGCCACUGGGACGUGGUGACGUGUCUGGCCAGGUCAGAGAGCUACAUCGGGGGAGACUGCUACAUCGUGUCAGGGUCCAGAGACGAUACACUGCUACUGUGGUACUGGAGCGGACGACACCACAUCAUAGGAGACAACCCCAACAACAGUAAGUCAGAACACACACUCACAUGCGCACGCACGCGCACACACACACACACACACACACACACACACACACACAGACAGACAGAGACACACACACACACACACACACACACACACACACACACACACACACACACACACACAGACAGACAGAGACACACACACACACACACACACACACACACACACACACACACAGACAGACAGAGACACACACACACACACACACAGUGUAACAGUCCUGCCCAUGAUACUAGCCCAUAAAGACGCCAGUAUCUGCCAUCUGUCCAAGGGUAGAGAGAGGAAGCUCUUCAUAUCAGCUCAAAUGAAUUACAGCACCUCAUAGUGGAGCUGGGGUUUAUAAAGGUAGAUGAUUAUAUUAAAAGCAGCAUUCUUUGAUCAGCAGUGAAACUCCUGGUUUCCACUCUUGUUAUCGAAUAAUGGACAGAGACAGGGAGCAUGGCUGGUGCCAGAACGAAUCAGUUGGACAGCAUUUGAUUUCUAUAGGCUGACCGUUUUUUUCUCAAAAUGUUGUUAAUGUGUGUUAUAGUAAAGACCAUAGGCAGCUCGUGAGUUUCAAGUUUGCUGAAGCUUACAAUUUAUCCUACUAGUUCUACAUGUCUGCGUGUUAUAUUAUUUUUAUAUGCGCAUUUUCGUGGAACACCUUCACUUCAAUAAUAACGUUUUCGUUUCUCAAAAUUAUUGUCAUUUGGUUAAUCAUAAAAGUCUGAAUUAAAUGAAUAAAAAUCUAAAAGUAAAAAUGCAACUAAUGCAAGAGCACCAGCCUUUGCCAUAUGGACACAUUGAUACACUGUUAUCCAUUGGUGUCUAAAGAAAUUAGAGCAUGGAACUCAGAGAUAGCCUAUAGCCAAUGCAGCACUAGGCCAAUAACUUCCAUCAUCAACUAAGUAAAAUACACAGGCCUAAAGCUGACAAAUAAAAAACGGUAGAAAAUAUCCUGAUUGCAAUAAUCUUUCUACUCUGCCCGUCUAACUCCCUUUCUAUCUGUCUUGACUUGAGUUUUCACUAGUGAAGUGCAACGUUGUAUCAACUCAGCAGGUUGGCGUGCUCAGGCACGCGCUCUCCUGCAACGUUAUGAGAACAGAGAAACCACACAUAUACUCAUUGCUCACAUGGAGCACUCCAAACAAAAGACAAUGAAAAACUCCCAUUGGUUAUGAAAUAACCCAAAACUUGUUUCUCACAAGUGUAGCAAGUUGUGAACUCUGCAAACAACGUUUCCACUCCGAUAAUGAGAACGAAAAAUUACUGUAACACAUGCGUUAACAGAAAUGUAUGUAACCAAAUGACGGGGAUUAACAGUACAUUUACUAGGCCUACUGGUUACAUAUUUAAUGAGGAAUUGAUAAAAAAUAAACAAUCAAAGGGCAAACAAUUCACACAAUGAACAAUGAAUGUGCAAGAAUUGGCAGGAAACAGCGGAGCACAUUCUGGAGAGUUGAGUGCAUGCAUUCUGAAGAGACGCCCAUAUCUUCGCCACACACCUCCCCCUCUUCUUGUCUCAACAUAAAAAAUGAUACUCAAGACACAUUAUCUUCACACAUUUUAGAUGCUUUUCAAUGACAGCCGCAACUCAGUAAUCAGCUAGGCCUAUUGCCACGCGUGCUGCCCUAAUUGCUGGCUUCCAAAUAAGCAUAGGCUAUUCUUUUUUUAAAGAAGCUAAUGCUCCUCUGUGACUAAGUCAUGCUCUCUGGUAAAGUAUUUUGAAUUAUUUUAUUUAAACAGGAGUAAUUAUAUAAUUAUGGCAAAACAUAAAUUUACUUUAGGGCAAUCCAGCAUCCGAACAGCGCACCCGACAACUUUCCUUUCUAAUUUGCAAGUGGCUGAAACCAGAGAUCUGUAUAUAAUGACGAGAUGCUCAUGUCUCUGCCUUAACAAUGCGAGUCGUUGUCCCAAAGGCAGGAAUGCAGGCGACAAGUUUAGGUCUGCAUAUUAUGCCCAUAGAAACGCAUUGGGCUUAUUCAGGACAGAUUUUGGCGAGAGUGAGCUCUCUCGCUUCGCCUCUUCCUCUCUGGUAAAACUAGCGAGCGAAACAGCGCGGCUCUGUCUUACUAAAUGUAGCCCAUGUAUCUGAUGCUGUCUGUCCAGAAAAAGUAUAACAUGCCAUACUCCUUUCGUCCAGACAGCAUCAGAUACAUGGUCUACAUAUAUGGAGACAGAGGGGCGCUGUUUCGCUCACUCGGAUGCUAUAUCUGAGAUUGAUGCGUCUUUCUGUCGUCGCGCGUGUCGGUCAAAUAAAUUAUCAAUAUUUCAACAUUUUAUUUGGACGGGCAAGGAGGUAAGGUACGGCGGGCCAGGGCCCCUAGGCCCCGCCCAUAACGCUGGCCCUGACAGGGAGGAGCAUCUACUGUAUAUGCACCUAUAUGUGUGUGUGUUGCUUUCCAGUAAAAUACUCCAGAUGUCUUGCUAUUCAGUGUGAUUUGAUUUCUGCUGCUCUUCUCACUUAGUUCAUCAUACUCACUGAUUAUCUGUGUUCAAAACACCCACUUCACCAUUUGUAUGACUGGACAUAAUAACAGUGAGAGUGUGUGUGUGUAAGUGCAAGUGCGUGUUUGUAAGUAUACUGUGUUUGUGUGUACUGUGCAUGAACUGGUGUCACAUGGGGCUGUGGUUGAGGCUUUCUCACUAUCUUCACUGAAGCUAAUUAAGAAUUUCAGCUUAGUUUGUUCCAAUUAGUAGAGGGGGUCACGGCACUGUACUGCAGGAGAACACACAUACACCGCUUUCUGAACUGUACACCUUCCCUAGCAAAGGAAGGUUACUUCUAUGGAGAGAACUUCAACUAUUCACAUUCCAUAUCAAUCAAACCUGGUUGUUUGAUAUCAGUUUUCUCAGUGAAGGAAAAUUACACCAAAAAACUAUAUUUUUGUAUUUGUUUCAUUAGUCCAUUGUUGACAUAGUCCCAAAAAGUUUUGCUUGUCAGCAAUCAAGUUUUCAAGACAUGUAACUUUCAAAAUACAUAAAUCAUCAUAUGAUGCAAAACGCAGCAUCAUAUGAUGCAAAACGCAUCAUAUGGGGAUGAUAUUUAGUAAAUAUUUUCUUAACUCUUUCUUGAACUGCAUUGUUGGUAAAGGGCUUGUAAGUAAGCAUUUCACGGUAAGGUCUACACUUGUUGUAUUCGGCGCAUGUGACAAAUAACAUUUUAUUUGAUUUCUGUAUUUUGAAAGUUACAUAUCUUGAAAACUUGAUUGCUGACAAGCAAAACAUUUUGGAACUAUGUCAACAAUGGACUAAUGAAACAAAUACCAAAAUAUAGUUUUUAGGUGGAGUUUUCCUUUAAGCUGUUCAUCACUAUAGAUGAAACACAUAGUAGUCUUCAGUAGAUAAUAUUAUCUAUUUAGUUGUAUUAUUUAUAAAGCAGUUAAUCAUUAUCAGUUAUGAUACAAUUUUAAGAUUAAAGAUAAUACUGUUUGCCAGACUUCAGUGCACAGCACUCUAGUGGCUGUAGAAAUUAAUAGUUAGGAGAGUAUUAUAUUUGACAAAUUUGAAGAUGAUGUAACCCGCAGCAGGGAGAGAACAGUGCCCUCCAGUGUUGCAACUACAUCAGCCUGAGUCUGUCCUAAACACCUGGGGCCUCAUUUAUCAAAAGUGCGUGCACACAGAAAAUACUCUAAACCUUGCGUGCACCAGUUUUCCUGUGAAGGUUGGUUUUUAUCAAUUUUGAACUUGACGGGAAAGUUUGCGUAUCCACGCAAAUCUCAGACCAUGAAUAUACAUAACAUAUAGUGGUUGAUCAACUGUAUUGCAAGCAAAUAUUGUUAUUUUGAGGAAAAUUGAGGUGUUUGAUGAACAGGAAUUAUAAUAAUGGUAGGCUAAUAAAAACAUUAAAACAAAGGCCUGAUUAUAAAACAAAUGCAUUUACCAUUGGUAAGGAGAUCGCAUAGCAGCAUGUAGACUAAUGUGUUUAUUUUACUUUUAUCAUACAGUGCAUUCGGAAAGUAUUCAGACCCCUUGACUUUUUCUACAUUUUGUUACGUUAAAGCCUUAUUCUAAAAUUGAUUAAAUAAAUAGAAAUCAUCAUCAAUCUACAUACAAUACCCCACAAUGACUAAGUGAAAACAGGUUUGUAGAAUUUUUAGCAAAUGUAUUUAAAAAAAAAAAAAAUACCUUAUUUACUUAAGUAUUCAGACCCUUUGUUAUGAGACUCGAAAUUGAGCUUAGGUGCAUCCUGUUUCCAUUGAUCAUCCUUGAGAUGUUUCUACAACUUGAUUGGAGUCCACCUGUGGUAAAGUAAAUUGAUUGGACAUGAUUUGGAAAGGCACACACCUGUCUAUAUAAGGUCCCACAGUAGACAGUACAUGUCAGAGCAAAAACCAAGCCAUGAGGUUGAAGGAAUUGUCCGUAGAGCUCCGAGACAGGAUUGUGUUGAGGCACAGAUCUGGGGUAGGGUACCAAAAAAUGUCUGCAGCGUUGAAGGUCCCCAAGAACAGUGGCAUCCAUCAUUCUUAAAUGGAAGAAGUUUGGAACCACCAAGACUCUUCCUAGAGCUGACCGCCAAACUGAGAAAUCAGGGGAGAAGGGCCUUGGUCAGAGAGGUUACCAAGAACCCGAUGGUCACUCUGACAGAGCUCCAGAGUUCCUCAGUGGAGAUGGGAGAACCUUCGAGAAUGACAACCAUCUCUGCAGCACUCCACCGAUCAGGCCUUUAUGGUAGAGUGGCCAGACGGAAGCCACUCCUCAGUAAAAGGCACAUGACAGCCCGCUUGGAGUUUGCCAAAAGGCACCUAAAGACUCUCAGACCAUGAGAGACAAGAUUCUCUGGCCUGAAUGCCAAGCGUCACAUCUGGAAGAAACCUGGCACCAUCCCUAAGGUGAAGCAUGGUGGUGGCAGCAUCAUGCUGUGGGGAUGUUUUUCAGCAGCAGGGACUGGGAGACUAGUCAGGAUCGAGGGAAAGAUGAACGGAGCAAAGCACAGAGAAAUCCUUGAUGAAAACCUGCUCCCGAGCGCUCAGGAUCUCAGACUGGGGCGAAGGUGCACCUUCCAACAGGACAACGACCCUAAGCACACAGCCAAGACAAUGCAGGAGUGGCUUCGGGACAAGUCUCUGAAUGUCCUUGAGUGGCCCAGCCAAAGCCCGGACUUGAACCCAAUCGAACAUCUCUGGAGAGACCUGAAUAUAGCUGUGCAGCGACGCUCCCUAUCCAACCUGACAGCGAUUGAGAGGAUCUGCAGAGAAGAAUGGGAGAAACUCCCCAAAUACAGGUGUGCCAAGUGUGUAGUGUCAUACCCAAGAAGACUCUAGGCUGUAAUCGCUGCCAAUGGUGCUUCAACAAAGUACUGAGUAAAGGGUCUGAAUACUUAUGUAAAUGUAAUACAUAUUUUAUAAAUUUUCAAAUAAAAUUCUAAAAACCUGUUUUUGCUUUGUCAUUAUGGGGUAUUGUGUUUAGAUUGAUGAGGGGGAAAUAGCAAUUUAAUCAAUUUUAGAAUAAGGCUGUAACGUAACAAAAUGUGGAAAAAGUCAAGGGGUCUGAAUACUUUCCGUAUGCACUGUAAUAAUCAUAUUACAGGACAUGUAUCUCCAUUUCUAACAUGACUGGUUUAUUCACGCUACACAACAAAUAUUAGGCUACCAUUUAUCCAUUGCUCAUUUAAUAGCCAAACAUGCUCCAAAGUAAAUAGACUGGUAGCCUAUUUAAAUUUGACAGUAUGGGUAGGCUACAGUAUUGCUGUGCGAUAGGAGCGUGACAUCAUAGUCUAUUUAAAUCCAGAGCCUAUACCAAGGCAGGAGAUAAACAAACAUAUAUCUUUUUUUUCAUAGAAGUGUGCUCCAGCAUUUACUUUUAUAUUGUUUGAAUAAAUCAAACGUAGAAUGUGCUGCCAGUGUUUGGCAGUUGCUAUAGGCGGGAUGCAUUUUUGGUAAAAAAAAGUAACUGAAAAGAUUAAAACAUUCUGCCCACACCUCUACAUAAAUGUGAUCAUAUUUGCCAUUGCACUUUCUUUUAGAAACUGUUAUGAGUCAUGACCCAGUUCCAACAUCUCCAAAUCAUACAGCAAAUGAGGGCGUUUUUAUUACCAAAAAAGGUGAAUGGAGGACGUUUACCAGGUAAGGUUGUAACGCACAUUCGAGAGCUCACAAAUAUAGUAUGGCUCUGAUUUAUCAAUGAAAAAAAUUCAUAUAUUUUGCAUAUGACAGUUUGAUCAAUCCCAAUAAUUAGUUGCUCACGCAAAUCCUAGAAUCUCCACAUAUGCCAGAAUUUACGGAGAAAUUUACGCAUUUAAAUGAGGCCCCUAAUCAUUAAAAUUACUUUCAGCUCAAUACCCUCUGCCUCUCAGGCCCAACUCGGCCCAUACCACUGAAAUGUGAGGCAGUGUGGGGAGGUAGGGGUGGGGUGGUUGUGUUGUCUGGCUGAGGUGUCCCUAGGGGUUGGGGGGGGCUGAUUGAAUCUUUUAUAGGGCAGGUGAGCUGGAUGAGUCUGUGGUCUCUCUGGAGGCCUUCUUUGACACAUGUCCCAUCAGCCACCUCACCGCUGUCCUGGGACUGCCAGGUCUGCUCUGGUCCUACUCUCUAAGGGACUGGAGAAGAGAGAGGGGUGAAAAGGAGGAGAGGGGAGGAGAGGAGAGGAAAGAGGGAUGAGAGGAGAGAGAGAGGGAGGAGAGGAGAGGAAAGUGGGGGUGAGAGGAGAGAGGGGUGAAAGGGAAUAGAGGAGAGGAGAGGAGAGAGGGAUGAGAAGGGGAGAGACUCCAGGUGUCCAGGACCUCCCCUCAUUAACCUCUCCCCCAGCUGUCAUCAAUCAUGGGACAGUGUGAGGGGAGGGUGGUUGGGGAAGGGGGUGAUCUGUCGUCACAACAUUUAAAUGACAAUUAACCAGGGCCUCGCUGGCAGCAGCUGGGUGGGUGUCACUCUCACCAUGACUGUGGUCCGUUAUUUAUCAACAUAACAACACAUAUGAGUCCCGAUAAGUGCUCUUAGCUCAGUCAGUUCUUAGUUCAUUAAAUUAUUUUCAGUUGCUCCUGAUAAGUGCAUCCUCCAGUUAAGUGCACUCUGUUGCAACAAUCCCAAGCCAUUGUAUGUUGUUAUUAAUAAAACCCAACUGUUGUGUUGUGUUCCAGGUGACUACCCGGCACCGCGAGCUGUGCUGACCGGCCAUGACCAUGAGGUGGUGUGUGUCUCUGUGUGUGCCGAGCUGGGACUGGUCAUCAGUGGAGCCAAAGGUCAGCAGAGACAGCCUGAGUCCUCUAUUUCCUGUGUAGUGCACUUAUUUUGACCAGGGUCCAAGGACUCUGGUCCAAAGUAGUGUACUGUACUAAAGUUAAAUCUCCUUCAUCUAAUAAUAAUAAUUCAUCUUGUUUAUAAAGUGCUUUUCUCGCACCCAAGGCACUAUAGAAAAUAAGUACUAUAAAAUCGAAGUCACAGUAUUUAAAUAACAUAACUAUACACAAAGCAAUGGACAGACAGCAAACAGAGCUGUCAAAGAUGUGAAUCAGAGCUGGUAAAUCAGCAUCCUGGGCAUUUCUGUCAUCAUCAGCUGGCUCUGAGAACAGACUCUCUCUCUUUUCAGCUAGGAUCAGAAUGGAUAUAGUCAUAGCUAUUAGUUAUGGUACAUGGUUCUGGUAAGGUGAUGGUAAUGGUUAUGGUAUGUGAGUUGGCUGAUAGGACUGGAAUGUCACAUGCCACAGUACAUAAUUGACAUAUCUUAGUUAGGAGUGGAAUGUUGAGUAACAUUCUUAAAAUAGUGUGUGUGCAUGCAACCAUGCGUCCGUGCGUGUUAGUGUGUAACUCUAUCUUGCUCUCCCUCCAGAGGGUCCGUGUCUGGUCCACACUAUAACAGGGGAUCUGCUGCGGGCCCUGGAAGGCCCAGAUAACUGCCUGUGUCCCCGCCUCAUAUCUGUGUCUAGCGAGGGCCACUGUAUCAUCUGCUACGAGAGAGGACGCUUCUGUAACUUCAGCAUCAACGGAAAAUUACUGGCUCAGAUGGAGGUCAAUGACUCAACACGGGUAAGCCCACAGACACAGUAUGUGCCUAGUGAAAGUCAACACAUGCCUUGCACAGUCUUCACAUUUUACUGUCUUAAAAUUCAAUUUAAAAAAGGGAUUCAAUUUGGGGGGGGAGUUGGGGUUCUACCGAUCUACAGAACCUACUCCACAAUUUCAAAGUGAAAGAGAAUUAUAGAACAUUCUCCAAAUUAAUAAUAAUAUACAGUACCAGUCAAAAGUUUGGACACACCUACUCAUUCAAGGGUUUUUCUUAAUUUUUUACUAUUUUCUGCAUUGUAGAAUAAUAGUGAAGACAUCAAAACUAUGAAAUAACACAUAUGGAAUCAUGUAGUAACCAAAAAAGUGUUAAACAAAUCAAAAUAUAUUUUUGAUUCUUCAAAGUAGCCACCCUUUGCCUUGAUGACAGCUUUGCACACUCUUGGCAUUCUCUCAACCAGCUUCACCUGGAAUGCUUUUCCAACAGUCUUGAAGGAGUUCCCACAUAUGCUGAGCACUUGUUGGCUGCUUUUCCUUCACUCUGCGGUCCAACUCAUCCCAAACCAUCUAAAUUGGGUUGAGGUCGGAUGAUUGUGGAGGCCAGGUCAUCUGAUGCAGCACUCCAUCACUCUCCUUUUUCAAAUAGCCCUUACACAGCGUGGAGGUGUGUUGGGUCAUUGUCCUGUUGAAAAACAAAUGAUAGUCCCACUAAGCGCAAACCAGAUGGGAUGGCGUAUUGCUGCAGAAUGCUGUGGUAGCCAUGCUGGUUAAGUGUGACUUCAAUUCUAAAUAAAUCACAGACAGUGUCACCAGCAAAGCACCCCCACACCAUCACACCUCCUCCUCUAUGCGUCACGGUGGGAACUACACAUGUGGAGAUCAUCCGUUCACCCAAAACCCUUGAAUGAGUAGGUGUGUCCAAACUUUUGACUUGUACUGUAUAAUGUUUUUUAUUGCUCAAGCUCAGUCAAUUUGUUUGGGAGUCAUUGAUGGACAGCAAUAUUCAAACCUAGUACACUACAUAGGGCCUAGGGUCUAAAUGUCUAAAGUAGUGUACUACAUAGGGCCUAGGCUGUGAUUUGAGGUAGAUGUUAUGAUUAUUCUUUUUAUUUUGUAUUAUUAUAUAAUUAUUAUGAUGUGCUCCCUAGGCCAUUAUGCUGAGUAGUGAUGGACAGAACCUGGUGACGGGAGGAGACAACGGGGUGGUGGAGGUGUGGCAGGUCUGUGACUUCAAACAGCUCUACAUCUACCCAGGCUGUGAUGCUGGUGUCCGCGCCAUGGACCUCUCUCACGACCAGAGGUUAGUCCUGUUAGUCUUCCUAGUCAGGUUGCCUCUAAUACAGGAUCAAUGGCUUGUGUGUGUGUGUGUGGUUGUGGUUGUAGAGCGGUAUGUAGGCUGUAGAACACUGAAAGGGCCUUUGUGUUUCAUGCUUGUCAGGGUACAUUUGGGGAAACGGAACGUUCGCAGUUCAGUGAGCUUUCUUUUCUUUAAAUAGAACCAGUUGCCAUAGAGACAACGAAAUUGCAGUGAAAGGUUCUGAAAGCACUUGCCUUGGAGCAAUACACAAGCGUCACUUUCCUCACACACACAUACAUACAUACACAAACACACACACUCACUCACACACACAUACAUACACAGACAAACACACCACACACACACACACACACUCACUCACACACUCACACACACACAGACAAACACACACACCUAUUGUGUUGAUGUUAUUAAAGUAGAUUCAUGUUUGGGAAAUAACUAAGAAAUUACAAUAAGUUCAUGUAAUUAUUACUGGGUCAUAUAGAGGUACAUUGUGUUGAUGUAAAUACUGUAUUGUGUGUGUGUGCGACCCCCCCCCCCCCCCCCCCCCCCCCCCAGGACUCUCAUCACUGGCAUGGCAUCCGGUAGCAUUGUGGCGUUCAACAUUGACUUCAACCGGUGGCACUACGAACACCAGAACAGAUACUGA